AUCCGGGCCCCCGGGAGGAGCAUGGAGGCGGCAGCCGAUCUGGAGUCCUCGCUGGAGCUGAGCUACUCCGGCGCGGGCCCUGGGGGGCUGCCCCCUGCGCGCUCCCGCAUCUUCAAGAUCAUUGUGAUCGGGGACUCGAACGUGGGCAAAACCUGCCUGACCUACCGCUUCUGCGCGGGCCGCUUCCCGGAGCGCACGGAGGCCACCAUCGGCGUGGACUUCCGCGAGCGCGCCGUCACCAUCGGCGGGGAGCGCAUCAAGAUCCAGCUGUGGGAUACAGCAGGACAGGAGCGCUUCAGAAAGAGCAUGGUGCAGCACUACUAUAGGAAUGUACAUGCGGUUGUGUUUGUGUAUGAUAUGACCAACAUUGCCAGUUUUCAUAGUCUGCCAUCAUGGAUAGAGGAAUGCAAACAGCACUUGCUUGCCAGUGAUAUACCACGGAUUCUUGUUGGAAAUAAAUGUGACCUGAGAAGUGCUAUUCAGGUGCCUACGGACUUGGCCCAGAAGUUUGCUGAUACUCACAGUAUGCCACUGUUUGAAACCUCUGCUAAAAACCCCAAUGACAAUGACCAUGUGGAAGCCAUAUUUAUGACACUGGCUCAUAAGUUGAAGAGCCACAAGCCAUUAAUGCUUAGUCAACCCCCAGAUAACGAUAAGAUACGUUUAAAGCCUGAGCCAAAACCUGCUAUGACCUGCUGGUGUUAGAUCACAGUGUUCACGCAGUUAUCACCUCGUCUUGUUUGCAAAUACUCUAAAAAUAUGAUCUUGGCAGGUUUUAGUAUCAAUUAUGUAUGAUCUCUUUGGCACUUUAAUGUGUGUUUUUCUUGUGUAGAUGUGCCACACUCGUAUCUCUGCACUUUGUGCUAGCUCAGUUACUGAAGCUUCACUGUACAUAUACAGAAAAAUAGACUUUCAAAUGAAGUUUUGAUGCAGCAAGUUCACUUAAGGUACUUGCUGCUUGAGAGCAUUUCCAUCACUGCUGGUAUGGUUAAUAAUCCAGUUUGUUUGUUUUUGGUUAGCAUUUUGUUGGUUCUUCUGCAUUAUACCAGAGUUUUGGCGUAGCCAAAGAACUCACAUCUUUGGCCCGCAGAGGAUGAGUGUUGCGAAGUGUUGGUUUUGUGGGUCUCUGGGAUAAUGACACAGAAGACUUACCCAUUUCCACUGCAUCUCAAAGCAGCUAUAGCUGUGGACGUGUGCUGUGAAAGGAGGGGCAUCAAUAAAGAUCAGCCUAGAAUGUGAAUGUGCGGGAACACCAUUGGUCUCAGUAGUUUGUCAUUCCACCUCAAAUCCUGGCUAUUCAUACGUGGCAAAGGGGGGAGAAUCUACAGAUUGUCUUUGCCCUCAGAUAGUUAUUUAAAGCCUAAAACAUGAUAAAUUCUUUGUAAUUUGCACAUUUUUAUCCCACAUGCAUCCUUCUUAUGAAAGAUAGUUUGGUUAGAGCACAGGGAUGGGAUUUGAGGGAGGAUCCAGAUUUCGAAUUUGAUUCGGGAUUUCCUGCACUCAUAUGCUGCAGAAUAAGGAGGAGAGCUAAAUCAAACUGCUCUCAUAGAAAGUGAAUUGGGUUUGGAGAAUGCUGUUAUGCAGUUACAUCACAUGAGCUCAUGUUGCUCCUGUGAUUUCAGUGAAAAAGUUCAGCUCCAUGCAACACUUGAAAAGUUGUAGAGUUAGAACUAUCACUCUGCAGCAUGUUCCCCCACUCAAAGUAGCAUAAUACAUGCCUGAUGGCAAGCUAAUAUCGACAACCAUAACUCUCAUGACAACUUCCAACCUAAUUCAGAUUUCUUCACUUGGAUCAUUUAAGAACAUAUGCUGUCUCUGAAUUGUGUAUCCCAAGGUAAAUAAAUGUACUCCUGUAGUCUUAAAUUUGAGCCAGGUUGAGAGAAACAAA